AUGGAAAAGCACAAUGUGCAGGAUUUCGAAGAACCCGGCGAGAAUCUCAAACACAAAAUAGAAGAUGAAGACGAUGCUGACAAGUUAUUAUGCGGGUACGGAGCAUGUACACCUAGAUGGCUUCAGGGUUUUCAUAAUGCGAAAUGUCUACUGUUAGUUCUUGGAAUUUGUGCUUUUAUUCAGAGUUUUGUUGUCAAUGCCAUUUUUCCAGUUGGCUUAUCGACACUUGAGAGAAGAUUCAAAAUGACGAGUACCCACACUGGAAUCAUCUCCAGUUGGUAUGAUUUCGCUGUACUUCUUGUCGUUUUCCCAGUCUGUCAUUGGGGAAAUAAUGGACAUAAAGGACGUUGGAUUGGAUGGGGAGGUGUCAUAAUGGCACUUGGAUCACUUAUUUGUGCACUUCCUCAUUGGAUGGUUGAUAUCUAUCAUCCAGAUGGAAACAGUCUCGCUAACCAAACUGAUUUCGGUCAAUGUGUCAAUCGAGAUGACCCAGAAUGUGCUGGAAAACCACAUUCAUCAUGGUUUAAUCCUUAUUUCUGGAUGUUUAUUUUAGGUCAAACCCUCCAUGGAGUUGGAUCAACUCCACUUUUCUCCAUCGGAACAACCUAUAUGGACGAGAAUGUUUCUCAAAAAGCAUCUCCAGUUUAUCUUGCAAUCCAUGCUGUUCUCACUUCAUUUGGUCCAGUUAUUGGAGUGUUUGCUGGUGGUUUCCUUCUGAAUCUUUACGAUGAUUUUGAUAGAGUUGAUAGAAUUCCAAUGGAAAGAUCUGAUCCAAGAUGGGUUGGUGCUUGGUGGGUUGGAUUUAUCAUCUCUGCAAUUUCUGCUCUUCUAAUUGCUUUCCCAAUUCUUGGAUUUGCUCGUGAACUCCCAGAAGCAAAGAGACAUCGAGCAAAAGAUGUGAAUCAAUGUCAUAUUGCAAAUGGAGAUGUUAAUGCAAAAGCACCCAGAGAUUUGACGAAGUUGCCAGCUUGUGUUUGGAAAAUUCUGAGCAAUCCAACAUUCCUUGUCUGUAUCUUCGUGGGAAUAUUCGAGUCUAUCAUCAUCAACGGUUUCGCUGCGUUCAUGCCCAAGAUUUUGGAGACUCUUCUAUCCACGAAUCCAACAUUGGCCUCAUAUCUUUCAUCUGUUGUAAUUUUCGCUGCUGCAACUGGAGUAAUGGUCGGAGGAACAAUAAUUCGUCAAUUGAAACUUCAGGUCGGAGGGAUGCUCAAAAUGAUUAUAGUCUGUCAUUUCUUUGCACUUAUCUUCACAACUGGACUACUCAGUCAUUGUCCACAAAGAGAAUUCGUCGGAAUUAACUUGGGAUAUGAGGAUUUAACUAUCGAGAAAUCUCAUGACUUCAGUAUCGCUUCGAAAUGCAAUUCAGAUUGUCACUGUAAAAUGGAAUGGAAUCCAGUUUGUGAUCGGAACACAGGACAUAUGUACUAUUCGGCGUGCCAUGCUGGAUGCACAGCAAUGACAAAGAAUCAGGGAGCAACCGAAUGGUCUGGAUGUGGAUGUUUGACUUCGAACAACACGUUUCACAAUCUAAUUCAUGGAAUAAAAGAGCAUCCAGAAGUAUUGAAUCAAGGAUAUUGCCACCAAGACUGUGGAUACCGGGAGUAUAUUCUAAUGGUUACUCUUUUCGUCACCGUAGUUGCCAGUUUCGCUUCUGGAAUUCCAACUCAACAAAUCAUGCUUCGUGUCGUUCCAUUCGAUCAGAGAACCCUCGCACUUGGUGUCAAUUGGACCUUCGUUCGUUUAUUGGGAUUCAUUCCAGGAGGAAUUCUUUUCGGAGUUAUCAUUGAUACAGCUUGUUUGGAGUGGGGAGAAAGUUGUGGAAAAGCUACUUCAUGUCUAGUUUAUGAUCCUUUCAAACUCAGUUGGACUAUCACUGGACUCGCUAUUGUCUGUAAACUUCUUUCGAUUCUUGCAACCAUCAUUGGAUACAUGACGUAUCGUCCUUCCGAUCUUGAUAAUGCCGGUUCUAUCCAGACAGUUGACAGUCAUUGUCAUACAGCUCUUCAUCUUGUUGUUAACGACGAUCGUCUUCCUGAACAGGCCAUCAUUCAUGCAAGCUACGGUCACAUGUGA